UAAAGCUCAACCAUCUUUAAAACGGCACAAGACCACAGUAUUUGCCAUUGGUUGCCGAUACGGAAUCGUUACGAGAGAAAUAGUGCAUGUGUUUGAUUGAUGAUAUUGUUCUCUUAAUUUAAAUGAAAGACGUGGUAAAAAGGCGCAUGAUUUGAAAAGUUAAAAUUAUAAAAGAGAUUUCCAGAAGUGAUAUUUUACUCUGUAGAUAUGAACAUUAUAGCCGUAUUUGUCAGCAUAGUAACAGUGUAUGCUGUAGCAAAAUCAGCAAGAGUGUUAAAUUUUGUAAUUAAACAAUGCGAUAAAACUGACACAUUUCUACAAUUUUUUGGCGGAUCUUUACUCAAAUGUACUGAAGAAUGUGACCGGCGUUCUAGAUGUACAUAUAUUAUGUUCAUGCAGAGAAUGAAUCACUGUAGCUUGAAAGGUAAUGUUAGUGGAAUCAAAGGGAAUGAAUCAAAUGUUAUUGAACAUCUAUGUAUGUUUCUCGAGAAGAAAGACUGGAUACCGUCUGAUCUAGGACCAUGUAAUGAGAAUACAUGUAAUGUUACAGAGACUUGUGUAUCGUCAAAAGACGACCCCAAACAGUUCUCAUGUCUAAAGUCAACAUGCCCGUCGCCACCUGUUGUUGUGAAUGCUGCUUUAAUGUCAGACAUUAGCACAAUAGGAUCUACCAAUAGAUACAAGUGCAAAAACGGCUAUAAGAGUUUUGGAACACCUUCGACAACGUGUACUAGUACCGCAACAUGGAAUGAAAGUGGAAACUUCUGGUGUGAGCCAAAUUGUCGAACACCAGCUUCGUCUUAUACAAAUGCUGUUCUGUCUCGGGUAGAAUACAGUGGACUGUUUUUGUUUGAAAGAAAAGUCGUUAUUUUCACAUGCAAGAAAGAUUACCAGGCAUUAGGACCGACUGCGACGAGCACAUGCGGUAGAAAUGGUGAAUGGAAUUAUAAAAGGGUUCAAUGCUGUGAAAACGGAACUUAUAACAAACCUUGGAUUGGCCGUUGUGUAUUUUACACAGAGCCUCUACAAUACUACGGUCAGUUUGCCAAGACAUGUUCAGCAAGAGGUUACGCAAGGACUAACUUUCAUGCACUCCUCUCGAGGUAUAUGCUUAUCAGCCAUAGUAUUGAUAAAAUAUUGAUGCCCGUAAAGAAAUCAGACUUCGAAAGAACAUAUAAUUUGACUGAAUGUUUUAGAAUGAAUAAAAACAUCACGGCUGGAAAUUUCACUUUUGACGAGAAAAUACAGUUUGCUAGAAGUAAUAACAUGACACAAGGUGCUUGUGAACCGGUCACGUGGUGGGCUCCGUCUGAGCCAAACGGUGAUACGGGAGAAAACUGCCUUAUGAGGAAAAACAGCGAAGGGGAUUUUCCUCUCUACGACAUACCAUGCAGUAACUUGAUAGAUUUUAACAUAAGAGCCGUGUGUCACUCGGAUUUACCGAUUAUAUAGGGCAUUCAGAAAUACUUUGAUUAAAGGGGUAUACAGUUCAACUGCAUUGGAAGUGAGCAUUCAUCAAUCGGUAACUAAGAUCUUUUCCCAGGCAGACAAUCCAGGGCGUGGACGGUAGCUCGUACUUUCCAGUGGCUUAAUCAAACGGAGCCUACAACAUUUUCAUUUUUUUUUUUCUCAAGGGAUUUCGUUUUUCUCUAUUUUAAAAGAAAUAUCUACUUUGUAUAGGACUAUUUGAAGCAAUUGUGCUAUAGAAUGAGGUUGGAAACUCAGCACCCCCAUCAAAUUAACAAGAAAUUUCCCCAUUGUAGCUAUGAAUGGAAAUCCUGUUGAUUACGAAAAAAUAUCAAUUAGCUCAAUAUGUCUUAUAAACUGGGCCUGUGAAAAUUAUAAUAUCAACCAGGUGUUCUUGUUCUUGAAUUUAGAUAGUGUCCUGGUUAAAAUACCCUUAGUAAAUGGGAUUACUCUCACAACUUUUCUGUAAACAUUUUCAUACCAUAUUC